ACAGCAGCGAGCGCUCAAUGUGAACUUUUUAUCAUCAAAGUUGUCGAAGUUUUGCUGUAAAUUGUGGUUGCUUGUCGGCUUGAACAUUAAUUGACAACAUCAUUAAUGUCUUGACACACCAUACAUAUGAUUCUUGUCACGGGAAAUGCUUUAGGUUGUAGAAUGUAAAUAACAAUGGUGUUAAAGAUUGAGGAAAGAGCCAUUCUGUUCAAGUUUGUGUCGCGGGACUGCACGUUCAACGUACCUGGCAGUUACUACUUGAAGUUAUCUAUACAGUGCAAAGCACAGGAGGCGAAAGCCUUGCUGAAAAAGGUGAAAGUUUGGCCUGAUGAUGAUGAAGACCUGUCAAUAGAGGGCCUUUCCACAGUAACCAGCACAGUUGAUGUAACAGACACAAACAAAAACCUGCCGCAAAAGUUCACAGACAACUGCUUUACAUUCCACCUUCCGAAAGGGCUUUGCUCCCCCGCCAAACAUGACAUCGUCCUCCUUGUCCAAGUCUUCUCCUACACCGAAAACGACAGCCAUGACGAUAAAAACCCGAAUAUCGGCCAGGCAACAUUCACCGUCUACCCUCGUACGAGCACCCCCUUCGUCAAGCAGCAAGCCCAGGAAGGAGAGACCCUGUAUAGGUACAGGGGAACCCUCAACCUUAGGAGGGCUCUCAAUGAAGAUGGGCUUGUGGUGCUCGGAGGUCGACUGAACUACUCGCUGAGUCUUAAAAUGGCGGAUGAGGAACCGGAGCCUGAGCCACCACCAGAGUCUCCACCCCUUGAGGUUCCACCAGAAGGCGCUGAUCCUCACCCAGUGGUACCAGUCGAGGACUCACCACCCUUACUGAGGCCAAAGACAUUGUCUGUACCUACAAAGAACCCUCCAAGAGUGGCCGGGCAGCCCAGAAAGGACAGAAAUCCACGCCGAGGAUCGGAACUCCUGCGUCAGAACCAUGUAUCAAAACCAGGCAAGGAAGAAUUGGUGAUGAUCAUCCAUGCUGCUACGGAUCUACCUCGUUUACCAGAUGGCUCAACGCCAAGGGCGUAUGUAGCUGGGAUCGUUGACGAUUCAUCCAGUGAGGAAACCCAGUCCUUUCUGUGUACUACACACGCAGCUCACUCAGCUAGCAUGAACCCUACAUGGGAAGAAGCUAUCACUAUUACUGUCCCAUUGGAGGAGGAGUCUGGGGACCAGACGGUGCAUGAAGUCACUCUUCAAGUGAUCCAUGAGCCGACUAGAUCUCCAGUGAUUGAAUACAAACUUCCAGUUUAUCAACUUCAGCCCUUCCAUCAAUACCAUCUGGAUCUUGUUCAGGACGAGACCCACCUUUUUGUCUCGAUUCUGAGGAGAAAGUCUCGGCUGCUGCGAUUGGACGAUAGUUUGCUUCAAUCCCAAGAUGCAUUGGGCUUCCAUGGGUUGGAAGUGCUGUUGCUAGGGGUGGAGGAAUCUUUAGCCAAUCCCAUCGGGCCUCUCAUAGCUGUAGCCAGACUGCUUCCAGACCUCUUCACUUAUAGACAGCAGACGGCUGAGCAUAAUCUUCAAGCUCAGAAUGUGGUUCCCUUAACAGUGGAGUUUCCCGAUCCGCACCCCUCAUCGUUCCUCUUACCCCAACUGGGGACCAAGAAUAGCCAACCACAGGUGAGCUUGGUUGGUCACCCAGAGGAGCAGCCUACAUGGCAUCAUUCAUUCCUCUUCACUCAACCCAGGGAGCUAGCGUCACUCUUUACUGACAUUGCCGCUCUCGCACUGCAGUUCUAUCCUGCAACAAACGCCUUUAUGGGUGACUCCUGGGCACUUCACACCCCAUCAGCGUACUGUGCUCAGCUUCUUGAUACCCGGGUGUACCAAGCCCUAAGAAGUGAUCGAGGAAGACUGGGAAUACGGAUCAGCUUACCACUCCAGGGAAGCGGUCUGAAAUCAAGAGAGGCCAAAACACCUUGGGUGUCGAUAGUGAUUCGGCUCAUUACGUCAACGAAACCAGAUUCUCUGGCUACUGCCAGCGAUCUGCAGACUCUGCCGACUCUACCAACCUUCCUGGAGCAUGAGGUGAAGUCCCCCGAGCCAACAGUUGUACCCAUCUCACCCUCACCUACACCAUCCCCUCCUCCGAGGGCCACGCCCUCACCACCGAUGCCUGCUAGCACCCCUCUACCCGUGCCUCUGUACCCACCAAGGCAACAGAAACCAAGACGAUAUAAGGUCAUCAGUGAUGAUGAGCUGCCAUCCCACGAUGCCAUUCAGAACUUGUUGCCAUCACAUAAAGGACGUCACGCUCCGACCAGGAAUUCUGAUAACGGUUUGAUCCCGACCAGACUGCCACCAAGCCCGGAUCUCUACCAAUUUCGAGACAAGAAAUCCAAGCCAAAUUCAGCCCCAACGGAUGGAACAGACAAAUACACCUUGAGCUUAAUGGACGCUCAGCAGAAAGAGAUCAAUAGUUAUAGAGAAGCACUCAAGAGGAUGGGGGAGGAGAUUGUUCACAUGCAAGAACAGAUCGCCCGGCUUGAAACUGAUAACAGCAAGUUACGUCAACGCAUCAAUAUGUAUGAAGAUUCAGCUAAAGCAAUGGUUGGUGCAGACGACUUGGAUGAAGUCACAAAGGCAGAACUCCUGGAGAAAUACAUGGUCAUAAGACAGAAACUUGCAAGGCAAGUAUCGGAGACGACAAACUACCGAGACAAACUUCUUCAGCUUCAAAAUGACAUGAUCAAGCAGAAUGACCGUGAGCAGCUGUACCUGAAUCAGCAACACUCUGCCUCGGAUCAGGGACGAGCGUUACAAGAGAAACAGGUGAAGAUUAAGAAACUAGAGAGGACGUGUCGAGAGCAAGAAAAGGCUUUGGAGAAGAUGGAGAAACUAUUGAUGAGUAAACGACCAAGGAAUGACAAGCAAGAAGAUGCGAGGAGGCAGCAGGUAGAACAGAUUGCAUCUGAGAACUCUAAACUCAAGGCACAAAUUGAACAAAUACGGGCCGACUCAGCCUCCAAGACCUCAAAAAACAACGAAGGAGAGAAACUAAUGCUGCACCUGCAGCUUGAGAAGGCAAAGAGUAGGGUGCAGUCUCUGGAGAGAGAGUUGACGGAGAAGGCGCGUGAAUGGGGCAAACAGAAGGAAGGCUUACGAUUACGCAUGGGUGAACAACACCAUAGUUACAACCAGAGGGCGCUACCACCGUUGCAUAGAGACAGAGGCUACAAUUACAGUGAGGAAGACAUGGACCUCAGUUACAAGGCGUUGAGGCAAAACUCACCCAAUAUCCCACAUCGUUUCUACUGAUAAAGGGCUUAAAGUCCAGAGAAUACCUACACAUCUCAAAGUGAAAUAAAAAGAGUUUACAAGAAAAUAAUUGGCAUUUGUUGAUAAAAUCAACAACUCUUAAUGGUCAGUCUUUUGAAAUAAGAGUAAUGUUAUGGUUUUUGCGCGGGAUGCUUUUGUAUUUACCGUAUUUUUGUGCGUAAAUGGCGCGGCUUAUCUGUAGCUGUCCUUAAACUAUGAAGUCUCUUAUUUAUGUUUUAAACCACAGGGGGAAACUGACUGGGUAAAACUUUUAAAUAGUUUUUGGUAAAACGAAGACAAAGUUUUGGGAGCAGGUCUUCAAACAACGACCUCCAGAUUAAGGUGCCAGUGAUCACUACCAACAAAAAGUAUGGAGGCAAAAUCAAAAGUUUUCAAGAAAUGCCUUAAGAACUUUACUCUGACACAAUAUUUUUACAGAUACAUUAUCAUUCUGGUUUGAACAAAGAAUAAUUAAAGGCAGUGGACACUAUUGGAUAUUACUCAAAAUAAUUAUUAGCAUAAA